AUGAUAGAGUCGGGCUCUGCACCUCCUGGUUCAGUUGUGUCGGCUGCUGUCAGCCUCAUGUCUCAUGUCAGCCGCCUGACUGGGAUCUGGUGGGCGCCUGUACUCUUUGUGUCAGACCGGUUGCCGCGGCAGCAGCAGUGUGAGGACGGCGCUCGUAUGAAGCGUUGCUGUGUUCCUCUGAGAGCCGACCACAACCUGCUGACCCCCGACACACACACACAGUCGGGGGUCAGACUGCAUCAUGCUAUCCAAUGGAGGUCAGAGGGAGUGGCCCCUCAAUCAGCACGCCUGCAUGACUCCCCGAGCAGCAAAUCAGCUCAGACGCAGCAACGCCCCCCUGUGGCGACUCUGCCUCGCCGUCUGCGUUUCGAGGACGAGACGGAGACAGAGGCGGAGUUUCGUUACCUGGAGCGACAGCGGCAAAGGAGACGCACGGGGCAGCGAGGGUCGGGCGUCCUGGUCUCUAAACCGGACCUCAAGCUGUAUGCCAAUGGCAACACGAGGGCGGGGCCACAGGGGGCGGGGAGUGUUGUGGAAGGAACGCAGAGAGGACGGAUGUCGGGGGGGCAGUCGGGACAGUCUGACUCCCACAGGACAGUAAUAGGAGGCGGAGUCAACCUCAACCUCUAUCGACACCCACCUGUAGCUGAAGAGCGGGGGCGGAGUCUGUACAGGCCCUGCCUUAACCUGCGGACUGAGCCAAUCAGAGAGACCUACAUUGGCUCUGUCACCUGUAGUGAGACCUGCAGGGGAGGGCCUGUAGCUAACACCCAGGUGAGGAGUCGAAACAACCAAGUGGAAGUUAAUGGAAACCAUGUGACGGUUCCUCCUCAGGCCACACCCACCACAGACCUGCCAAUAAACCCCUACGACCCCAAGCAGCUCCCUCCGCCCACUCAGCCUUCAAGGUCUCCAUCACCUGGCCCUUUGUGCCACCCGAACUUGUCUCCUCCUCCGGUGACAUCAGAGAUGAUGUCACAGGUCAUAAUGAUCAACAGCCCCAAGGCGAUAAAGAACCUGAACCAGGAGGUGCAGAGCCCGACUCUAUCAUCUGAACCCCUUGAAGGUCUCGGAGGGGGGACAGAAGUGGAGGAGAGGAGGGUCUGUGAGGAGGACAAAGGUCAGGAUGUCAAGAUGAAGAACUCAACCACCUCAUCCCUGUCAUCAGGACAAAGCUCAGGUAAGAGCAGCGAUGGACAACUUAGAAAGCCAAUGAGAGUAGAGCUUCACAGUGAUGACCCCUCACCUCCUGAACACUCAAUAACCAGAAACGAACCGGCUCGUCUGUCUCUGCGUCGUCUUUUUGCCAACGUCAAACUGAGCAGGAGUCGGGCCGCCAGCCUCGACCGGCUCAUCCUUAGACCCCGUCCCUCGGGACCUGGCCAAACCAACCCUGAACCCGCCCCCUCGUGUCCCAGGAAGUCCUCCAGUCUGCUGAAGAAAACCCCGUCUGUUCAGUCUCUAAAUGUGGGGGCGCCCCUCUUGCAAAUGAGAAAGUCAUCGUCAGUCCAGAGUUUGAGGUCUGAGCUGAAGAAGAAGGAUCGAUCUGCUGACUACAGACCAGCUGCUGAUCAGUGUCUAAAGAGGUGCGUCAGCAUCGAGGACGUUGGUUGUCCCUCGUCUGUCCGUUCUGUCGGUCGGGUUCUUCGGGUUUGUUCUGACGGAACAAUUCUGUUAGAAAUCAGUCGACUGAACAACCGAACCUUCGGAUUCGUCAUCAGCAGAGGGAGAGGACGACCCGACUCUGGUGUGUACGUAGAGGACAUGGUGGACUGCAGUACUCAGAAGUUGUAUACCGGCCUGCUGGCAGUCGGAGACGAGAUCGUCGAGGUGAACGGAGAGAAGGUCGCCUGUCUCAGUUUGGAUCAGGUGACCCGGCUGCUAACACAGACCACAAUGGCCACAAUCCGGGUCCUCCGACACCAGAGGACGACUCCACGGUGAUGGUAGCAACGACAUCAUCUGUAACUUCAACUGAAACUAUACCUGUAAUUUUAAUGACUGUAACUGCUACUGUACCUUUAAUAACAGUUAUUAUAACCUUUAAAGGUCACAUAUCCUCCUCCUCUUCUUCAGUUUAAAUAAGUCUCAGAGCUCCUCAAAACAUGUGUGUGAAGUUUCUUGUUCUAAAUCCUCUCUGAUCCUGUAUUUGAUCAUGCCUAUAAACCCCUCUAUUUCAGCCCUGCUCAGAACAGGCUGUUUCUGUGUCUGUACCUUUAAAUAUGUAAAUGACCUGUGUCUGACCACGCCCCCUCUCUGGAAGGGCUCGGGUGUACUCUGUGCUUUCUUGCUCCAUGUCCUAUUGUGAGAAGGCAGACUCAGAGGGCAGAACAAACACCUAGCUGUGGGAGUGUCACCCACCUGGGGGAGGGGCUACUGCCCUUUGUGAUGUCAUGAAGGGAAAAUCUCCAAACGGCCUGUUUGAGCACACAUUUUCUGAAAAGUGGAGCAGGCAGAAGAUGGAGAGGAUGGACUUUUCUCAUCAUUGGGGGGUUUGUAGACAGACUAGAGAAACAUGUUGGAGUUAGAGGAACAUGGGGAAGAGGAUUUUGUAUAAUAUGUGACCUUUAAUGAUCAUAAUUACAACUAUACCUAUGACUGUAACUACAACGUAAACUAAAGUACCUAAAGAAGCAGCACGCUGUCCGAGGACACCCGGGGUCUGAUUCAGAAAGGAGGUGUUGGUACCUUAUUUGAAUCGUAUAUUUGAUAUGUUAGGGUGAAAAUCAUUCAUUGAGUAUCUCAAUGUUCAUUUGCUUUAUUUGGGUGAAUUGUGACAUUUAAGUUACUUUUGUAUUUGUAGGCAGUAAAGAGGAAGUUGUGGUGGUGGUUGAUGUGAGGUGGGAUAGAAUCAUGCAGAUAUACAACAGAGUGUGAAAAAGAGCGGUCAUGCUAAAAUAGUCACCUGGAAAUGAUAACACAUAAAAUCCUCUCCCAAUGUCAAUGUAAGUUAACUCCCUGUGGGGUAACGCAGCCCCUUCAUCCAUAGGGUCCUCAGCUAUAGGACAUGCUAUGUUCGACAAACAAGUCUGUUUUAUGACGUAGCUUUCCCUUACAGACUUUUUCAAACAACUUGGAAUUCAGACAGACCGUGAAUCUCCACUAAAAUGCACAAGAGGAGAUGGUGAGAAACUCGGGGAAGAAAACCUGCUCCCGACCAAGUUAGGUCCCUGAGUCUGUGAACUCUGGCUAUGCAACUGGUUACCAUAGUAACAGACUCUGAGCUUCUUCCUCUGGUUUGAGUUACCUCCCUUUCUGAAAGUUUCCCCCUCGUUUCCGGAUUUUGCACUAAACCUGCUCUCCGACACGGGGCCUCAAACUGCCGGAUGAGACCACCUAGGUAUUUAAUGCAGUACUUGUUGUUUUUGUGUUGUUUGAAAAAAAAAAAUCUCUGCAGUAUUUCUCUGUACAGUUCACGUGUUUUUUCAUGAUUGUAUACAUUUUUUUGUAAAAAAUAAAAUAAUGAAUCGA